GUACGAAUUUUGAUAACCCUAACCAGACUGCGACCUUAAAGAUUAUGUUGUGACAGAUGUCACAUUCAACACAUAAUAACUGCUAAGAGGGUCUUUAGAAGAGUGGGGAUUACUUAUCCAAGUCAAGGAUUAAAUAGCCAGAACAAAUUUUCCUGUGUGCAUUAUCGUGUUGUACGAUAGCGAACGUUCAUCGUGUGUAAUUAGUUCUUCAUUGUAAAAGAAAAAAUCAUUCAUUCAAUAAAAAUGACCUGCAAAUUAAUUUCCCUAAUGUUAGGGAUUCUUCUAAUGAAUGCUAAUUUAAAUAUGAUAACGGCAAAAUCUGUUCCACAAGAUGAGGAAGCUUUACGUGCAGUUUCUACAGGCUUGAGCCAAUUUUCAUCAGACUUUUAUAAUACGUCAUCGAAAGCUGAGGAAGGUAAUCUUAUCUGUUCACCUUUAAGUGCAGGUGUCGUAUUAGCUAUGACAGCUUUUGGAGCAAAAGGAAAUACUGAGAAGCAAAUGCGUGAAACCCUUCGUAUGCCUGAUGGUGUCACAAGUAAAAAAGGAUACCAAUCAUUGAUUGAUACUCUUAAUGAUGUUAAAAAAGUCCAACUUAAAUUGGCCCAGAAAAUUUAUACUGAUAACGACUUCGAAGUCAAACCAGAAUUUAAAGAAUUAACUGAAACUUACUUCCGAUCAACUUCAGAAAGUGUUGACUUUGGAAAACCACAAGAAGCAAGUCAAACUAUCAAUGCAUGGUGUGAAGAAAAAACUAAUAACCGUAUCAAAGAUGUUGUAUCACCUGAUGAUUUAGAAGGAGCAUUAAUAGUUUUGAUAAAUGCUGUCUACUUCAAAGGUAACUGGGUGUCAAAAUUUCCAGCAUAUAGUACAUCACCAAAACCAUUCCACGUUGAUGAAAAAACUACAAAGGAUGUAGAUACUAUGUAUCAAGAGAGAUCGUUCAAUUAUGGAACCUUGCCUGAACUUGAUGCUAUCUAUGUCGAACUCCCCUAUGAACAUGAAAAUGAAGAUGAUUCUAUCAGUAUGUUUAUCAUACUUCCAAAUCAAGUAGGAGGUUUGCAAAAAUCUACAAAUAAUUUGGAUAAAGUUAACUUCCAAGAACUUCAUAAUAAACGUCAAAAUACUCUCUUACGAUUAUUCAUGCCCAAAUUCAAAAUUGAAACUACACUCAAUCUCCAAUCAGUAUUAGAGACAAUGGGAAUGAGUGAUAUGUUCACAGAUAAUGCUGACUUCCGUGGUAUUGCAGAUGCACCUCCAUUAAAAAUUAGCAAAGUUAUUCAAAAAGCUUUCAUUGAAGUUAAUGAAGAAGGAAGUGAAGCUGCUGCUGUUACAGCUGUGGUUGCAGUUGCAAUGUCAGCAUUUGUAUAUGAUCCACCACCAAUUACUGUGGAAAUUAAUCGACCUUUUAUGUACGCCAUUCAUCAUACUAGCUCUAACACUGUACUAUUUCAAGGGCAUGUACAUUUACCAUCUAUGAACAUAAUGGCUGCUUUGAAGAAUCAGAGUUUACAAGUAGUUGCAAAUAGUUUGAGCAAAUUUUCAACAGACUUUUACAAGACUUUGUCAGAAAAGGAAACUGCUAAUUUCAUAUGUUCAUCAACGAGUGUAUCAAUGGUAUUAUCAAUGAUAUCUUUUGGUGCUGAUGGUAACACAAAAAAAGAAUUACAUCAAGCUUUAUAUCUUGAUAAUGACAGUCAAGUCACUCGUAAUGGAUUUCAAGUUCUCAUUGAUAUUCUAAACGCAGUGAAAACAGUCGACCUUCGAAUGGCAAAUAAAAUAUUUGCAGCCAUAGGAUUUGAAAUAAAAUCUGAAUUUCAAGCUAUCUUAGAAACCUCAUUUCGAUCAGCAUCAGAGACUCUUAAUUUUGAUCAAGCUCAAGAAGCUUCCAAUACAAUCAAUCAAUGGUGUGAAAAUAAAACCAACAAUCGUAUCAAAGAUGUUGUUCAACCAGAUGAUCUUCAAGGAGCAAUGCUCGUUUUAGUCAAUGCUAUUUAUUUCAAAGGAAAUUGGGUUAAAAAAUUUGAUGCUAAUCUUACAAAGCCUAUGCCUUUUCAUAUUAAUACAAGAGAGACCAAGGAAGUACCAAUGAUGAAAAGAAAAGGUCGUUAUAAUUAUGGUGAAGUACCUGGUCUCAAUGCUGUUUAUAUAGAACUGCCCUACGAGAAUAAAAGUGAAGAGGAUUCAAUCAGUAUGUUCAUCAUCCUACCAAAUGAUAUUGAUGGACUAAAAAAUGUUGAAAAUGAUUUCCAUAAGGUCAAUUAUAAACAGCUUCAUGAUAACAAAUAUUCUACAGAAAUUGAUUUACAAAUGCCUAAAUUUAAAAUUGAAAGUAAAUUUGAUCUUCAAGAUUCUUUGAUGAAAAUGGGAAUAAAUGAAAUGUUUGAUAAUCGUGCUAAUUUUUCAAAAAUUAGCAAUUCACCUUUGAAAGUGAGUAAAGUAAUUCAAAAGGCGUUUAUUGAAGUUAAUGAAGAAGGCAGUGAAGCUGCUGCAGUAACAGCAGCAGUUAUGAUGUUAAGAUGUAGUAUGCCACGUCCACCAAUGGCUGUGGUUGUGGAUAAACCUUUUCAUUGCGCUAUUGUUUCUACAAAUAGUGGAAUACCACUGUUUAGUGCACGUAUUGCUGAUCCGUCUGUGACCUAAAUUUCCAAUUAUCAUAAUAUUCAUUCUGUAUACAUGUCUUACUUUAAUAUCUGAGUUCAUUGAUAUUAAUAUUUUUUUUAUACAAUUUAAUAAAAAAAAAA